UUUUGGUAAUCAUGUCUUUAUUUAUAGGUACCCAGUCCAAGAAGACGGAGUUCCAUCUUGCAAAUAGACUUGAUCGCGAUACAAGUGGUGUGAUAUUAGUCACAAAAUCACAUAAAGCGGCUGCAAAGCUUGUUAAGGCUUUCACAGAUCACAAAGUGAGAAAAACAUACAUUGCUAGUUGUGUUGGGCAGGUUCCAAAAUGGAAAAAGAUGACUGUUAAAUCAGGUCAUGGUCGGUCAAAGUUUGGAGCUUGGCGCGUGUAUGCUGCAAAAGAUGUGGGCAGGACGUUACCAGGUGGAUCUUCCGUUAGAGACAUGGAAACUUUAUUUGAAGUAUUAUCAAUCAAUGGUGACCAAAGUAACCAAGAGUUGAGCGAAAUAGAUAUUGUGGUUGAAGAGAGAUCAUCGGUUGAACUUGUGGGAAAUAAAGUUGCGGUUUUGGUGAGGGCGUAUCCUAGAAGUGGAAGGACACAUCAAAUUCGGUUGCAUUGUCAAUAUCUUGGGAUUCCUGUAAAAGGAGAUGUGAAAUAUGAGGGUGUUUAUGAGUGGAAUGGGAGAGUUUAUGAUGGUCAUCAACUUCAUGCUGAGAGUUUGUCUUUUGAGCAUCCUGUGACGGGUUCUUCUAUCGUCAUUAACGCGCCUUUGCCAUCAUGGGCUACUCAAGGUUGAUGGUGUCAUCCUCUUCUAAGUCAGACCGGUUAUCGCGUAUGCGAAACGUGGAUUCAAGGCUUUUCGGUACUGUCUAUUGGCACUCUCUUCAUAUUAGAGUUAGACAAUUUUUAUUUGUGCACUUGCAAGUUUUUAUUUAAUUAUCACUUAGGGCUGCUUAACCAGCCUCCUAGGAGUUAAAACUCCUUUUUAGAAUCAAGCUCAAGUUGGAGUCCCCUUUUUCCA